AUGGAAGAUGUCAGAAGUAAAGCAUCUAAGAAGAAAUGUCAUGAUUACCACGAGGUUUAUUCGGAAAUUGCAGCAGUUACAUCUUCUGCAGAUAUCGACAAUUCAUAUAAAACAUUUCCAGAUGCCUCGACCAUAGAUGGCAACACCAUACUGUCAACCAGCAGACACGUCCCUCCUCAUUACCCAACUCCGACCCGCCGAAGGCAUCGUACUACAUUCAGCCAAGAACAGCUAGAGCACUUGGAAACAGCAUUCAAUAAAAAUCACUAUCCAGAUAUCUACUGUCGUGAGGAAUUGGCAAAAAUCACCAAGUUAAAUGAAGCACGAAUACAGGUGUGGUUUCAAAAUCGGAGAGCAAAACAUCGAAAACAAGAACGGACAAAUCAGAAGUCUGCAACUCCCAGUGGCAUGUUAGCUUGCAGCAGUCUAAUGCCUGGCAUGUGCUCCAUGUCCUCUCCAGCUCGCCAGUAUCAGUAUUCACAUGCUCUCAACCACAUUCCCCGCUUCACAUCCAUGACCUCUACCGGCUACCAUGCACCUUCGGCCGUCAGUCAAUUCACGUGUACUAGCAAUCACCCCCAUUUGACAUCGGCUGCUCCUCCAUCCCGUCAGCAUGACGACUGGUACAACUCCCUGCGAUCUAUCAAUACCCCAAGCUCCGGAUUGUCUUCUUCCAUGAUAACGUUAACGCCAAUGGCUGCUUUAGAUCCACCCACCCAUUGGAAUUAGCACUUAUUCUUUGCUAGAACCAAUCAUGCCAAAGGGUCAUUGAGACUUACAAGAAAAUCCAAAUAUUAUGGACAUGAGUAAAAUGAGGCAAAAUAUAAAAUUGUAAU